AUGCACGUGCCAUCGUCCAUUACGAUUCUUCUGCUACAUUUGGUCUCGAUCACGGCCCGUCCGAGUCAUCCGGAGGUCGUGCAUCGAUCAAACGCGUCGAAGAAAUGCUGCUUCGCCGGUUACGCGUUCAACGAAAACCUGGAGUGUAUCCACGAGGAAUCGGACAAGUUCAACUACACUACGCACGAUGCUUGGCGAACAAUCGCCCAACAUCCGCAGCAGAUUACCACAUUGAUCACGUCCGUGCAGGGCUUGAACUGCCGCGAUAACGAGGAGGAUGACUCCAAUUCGCAAUAUCAUCCAUACCUCCCUCGCAUUUAUUCCAUCUUUCGCGCGCCGAGGGACUAUUGUAUCGAAAACAUGAUCAACGGUACGACGGUGCUGAUCAAAUGCGCGGAGACCGGAGUCUCAGAAGUGACUCGGGACAAAGAGAAUUCGACAGAGACGACAGUGGUAAUGAAAACUACGACAACGACGACAACGAUGAUGACGACGAUCAUUACCGUGACGACCAUCACCACCAUCACCACUGUCAGCAUGACGAAUGUAUCGUCAAAGGAGAAUGAAACGCAGAUUGUUCAUCACUGCAGCGAUCUGAGGAAUGUAUUCUUCUGGGGCACUCAGACUUACAUGGACACCAACGUGGCCCACGUUGUCCUCACCAUCAUCGUCGUCGUGGUAUACCUGUCCGUUCCGCAACUCGCCAGGAGCAUCUACAAUCGCGCGGUGCUCCGCCACAACGUCUGCCUGCUGCUGCAGGGGUCCUUGCUGACGUUUCUCGGCUACUGUAACUUGUGUGGCAUCUCGAUGAGCGACAACUUGGAAACAUUCUUGUGGGUACUAAUGCAGUACUUUACGAACGCCACGGUAUUCUGGUUGAAUGUGAUCUGCUUCGACAUGGCACUGUCCAUUACGCGGUUUCGCUGGAUGAUAAGCUCGGGUAAGCAGACGAAUCAAGAGGAGAACAGGCGACUCCGGCUGUACGGAGUUUUCGCGUGGGGCGGCGCCUUCCUACCCGCCGUCGUCGCUAUCAUCUUAGAAUUUUGCCCUGGCAUCCCGGAGGACCUCCCGUUUAAGCCGAAUUACCGCCGUUAUCAUGACGGGCCGAAUUACGUGGUGAACUUAUAUUUCUUCGGCCUACCCAUGCUGACGCUCCUCCUGAACAAUGUGCUAUUUGUGUUCACCACGUACAAGAUUAUACGAAUACAACAAAGCACAGAGAUAGCGACGAGGAAUCAGUCCAAUGUUCUUAGGAAAAAGUACUUUCUCUUCUUGCAGCUGUAUUUGCUGAUGGGCGCACCAUGGUUUUUCGGCUUGCUCUUCGCUUGCAUGAACAAGCUCGUGGUGAUGAAGAUAUGCCGGCUAAUAUGGCCGAUUCUGUGGCUUUUGAUGUUCGCUACCCACAAGAAACAACGACGGAAACUCGUCAACUUGUUGACGUUGCGAUGCGUCAAGAAGAAGCCUGAGAUUAUCGCAAUCUCGUAG